AUGUCUGCAAAUGAGUUACCUUCUUCAGCUCAAGCCUUCCAAGAACAACUCUUUGUCUCUAGAAAGCUACUUCUGCACAACCCAUUUGACCACAACACUCAACGAGCCCUUGAUAUUGCACCGUCUCCUCUCAUAACACAUCAGAACAACCUCAGUGGGAAUGUCCUGAUGCUUCUCUCAGUCCUCAUCUGUGGGAUCAUAUGCUGCAUCGGGUUACACUACAUCAUUCGUUGUACAUUCAAACGCUCAAGUUUUAUGAUCUCAGAGCCUAUCUCUAGUCUUUCAAACAGUUCAUCAAACAAAGGAAUCUCAAAGAAAGCUCUAAGGAUGUUUCCGGUGGUGAGUUACUCACCUGAGAUGAACCUGACGGGGCUUGGAGAAGAGUGCGUCAUCUGUUUGUCAGAUUUUGUUUCCGGUGAGAAGCUCAGGCUACUCCCUAAGUGCAACCACGGGUUCCAUGUUCAUUGCAUUGACAAAUGGCUUCAACAACAUCAAACUUGUCCUAAAUGCAGAAACUGUCUGGUUGAGACAUGCCAAAAGAUCUUAGGUGACCCCAGUCAAGUGAUGGAAACACCAACAGAGAAUGUAAUUGUCAUGAUUGCUCCUCUAGAACCUGAAGGAAGAGUAAACACUUUUAGAGAAAGCAGCUAG